GAGACGAAGAAGCAUAUCUCGUUAGUUGUUUCGCCACUUCUUAGUCUGAUGGCCGACCAAAAGGGGCAUCUUGACAGGCUUGGAAUAAGCAGCGCAAUUGUAUCGCAUGACCACAAGAUAGACUUGAAAGAUAUCCUGGGCGCUUCUAUUAUAUUCACAACUCCAGAAUCACUUCAGACCCCUGCUUUUAGAAAGGUACUAUUGAACAAGGAUUUCAAGCAGCGUGUGUGUGCUUUUGCAUGUGACGAAGCUCAUUGUGUGUCACAGUGGGGUGAAAACUUUCGCCCAGAGUACCUUGAGGUGUCUUCUAUCAGAAGCAUUAUAGACGUUUCAUUCCUCGCACUUACAGCAACUGCAACACAACAGGUUUUGGAUGAUAUAAGGGGAAAACUUCUGUUAAAGGAUGAUGCCAUUACUGUUGCUAUGGUACCAAAUAGACCCAAUAUCUUCAUGGCAAUAGAAAAAGGUUCCGCGGACAUGGAAGAAGAGAUCAAGUGGUUCAAGGAUUACCUUGAGAGUACCCCUAACUGGAAAAAAACUGUUAUAUUUUGCAGGUCUUACAAUGCAGUGUAUGCUGUGUGGUCUUACUUAGUUGAUACUUUGAGUAUUACCCCAGAAGACAACAACAGAACAGCAGAAAUGUUCCACAGUGCCUGCGACGAUUUAACCAAAGACAGAAUCCUGACGGAAUUUAAGAAGGAUGACAGUAAAAUACGAAUAAUAGUCUCAACUGUGGCAUUUGGCAUGGGAAUUUCUAUUCCAGACGUAGAUAUAGUGAUUCAUUGGGGAGCACCAAAAAAUGCCUUAUCGUACUGGCAAGAAGUAGGUCGCGCGGGAAGAAAUGGCCAAUUGUCACUAGCUGUUGUAAAGGCAUACCCCAGGUCACUUAUGAAAAAUAUAACGGAAGAAAGCAUGAGAAAAAUCGUAGGCAGCGAUGUUUGUAGCAGAAAGCAAAUAUUAAAAAAUCUCCUGACAGACGGAAUGGAUGAAAAUGACAUACCCCAGGCACAACUGUGUGCAGAAAAUAAUUGUGACAUUUGUGACUGCCAGAAAUGUAUGUGCUGUAGAAUAUGUUGGACUGAGUGCGUGUGUAACGGGAAGAUGGACUAUACCAACCGAUUUUUGUAUUGUUCAUGAAAAAAAUAAAAAAAAUAUUGAAAUAUGUCUUAUGUAAAUAAAAAGCGAUUCCUGAGUUUAAAUAAUUGUUUUCCUUUCUAAUUGUCCAUUUCAUAACUAACGAAUGGCCCGCAGUAAUUAUUAAUAACGCUUUAAUCGCAUAUUUUUUAAAAUAAUUCUAAAUUUAAAUAAGCUUAUAUACGAUACUUUUAUAUAGAAGAACUCCGCGAUAAAUGCACCGUCUUUACAUUUUCGCUAUUGCUAUAACUUACAUCCUCUGUCAUAUAGUCACAAUUAAAAAUAAAUAAAUAUUUGUUUCCAGGACAGCUAAUAUUAUUGUGACAUUGCUUACCAGCUAUUUUUGUCUUGACCGCAUGAACAGAUCACGGUAUAUAACCGUAUAUCGCAGUAACAGUUACAAGACAGUGCACUUAUGUGUAUUGGUUUUGUCACGUGACAUUAGCGGUAAUGCCUGUAUUUUGAAUAUGAAUGUGUUUAUUUUACUAUCAAAAUCGUUAUUCUUGGACAAAUUAUUUAAACAAAACGUGGAAUUGAUGUAGAAAUGGAUAAUCUUUUAAGGUAAUGUAAAACUUUAUUCAAAUAUAAAAUGUAAAUAUGACUUUAGACGGUUUAAAGCAUGCGCUCAAAAUCCCGGCGCAAAUUUCACCACAGAAAAGGUACUUUUUAUGUUGUACGUAGAGGCGAGAUAUUGCCCAGACACGAAAAUAGCACAAUAUCUCGUCGCGCAGUACAAUUAGUU